CAGAAGUUGCGGUAUUUAGUCACGUUUGACUUAUCUAGACGUUAACUAUCUGCGUCUCCGCUUUACACAAAUUACAGAUGUAAUAUUUUUAGGUCCAGAAAGUAAACUAAACAGCCCGCUCCUUAGUUAAUUGCCCACAAACAAACUUUGGCGUUCAGAGAGCUAUACCGUUAUCUUGUGUCUGACUAAUUUUGAUUAAACUUUUUGCCAAGAAGUCCAUGUAACAUUCAAGCUGUUGUUCCUUUACAACAUUUUACGCUGAAGCCCGUUUUCAAUUUCACUCCGCUGUGGGUGUUUUUUGUCGAAGAAAAUGAUGGCAAAUGAAAGUAUUAUAUAAAUAUAGCUACUUCAAGUAGAAAUUACGGGCUGAAAACGUGGCUUGGAAAAUCAGGAAAUAGCCGGUGGUUGAAGCGGUUUGGUAUGUUAAUGGCAGCCAGAGGUAUGAAGAAACGUACGUCUAAAGUUGCUUUACAUCUUUGAAGUAAUAUUAAGAAAUGAGUGACGGAAGUAAUUUUUGAGUGGAAAUGUGUGUGGAAUUUUGUACUGUUGGCAUGGCUGGUUGAGUAAAAAUCGUAAAUCUGCUUCAGAAGAUUAUGGAAUUAUGUUGCAACAUCAUUUUUGCAAAUUUGGUCUUUUUAUAGGAAUUAUUUUGUUUUUAUUAAGGUUAAGUCAAAGAAAGGCCUUGAAAUUGUACUAAUGUACUUGAUUUGCUGUUGCGAAAUCAAGGGAUAAAUUAGUAAAAUGAAGACUGGAGGUGGGACAGAAUUGCCAUGGAACCUCCACCUCAGUCAGAUGGUUUACUCUCUCAAGACCUCUCAACGUGCAGCUUACCCUCCGCCUUAAACCUGACAAGGAAAGGCGAAGACAGUCUUCUCAAAAGCACUUCCAUGGAAGCCCUACGUGUGGUAAAGAAGCCCACCUGGCACAACAUUGGUUCCGGGAACAGCAGAGGACUUGUGUACUCUGAGAACGAAUCCGACCACAUGUCUCAGCCCAGUCAACAGAUUCAACCAAACAAUACUUUUUCUAAUGCAACAGUCACUCUCUCGUAUGUGAGCAGGUCUCAUGUCUUCUCCCCCCCCAACUCCCUCUCGCAGCUACCCCCCGUUUGUGGAGUUCCCUCCAUAAACAGAAAAUUUUCCGGACACUCCCCUCCUCAUGAAGCAGAUGCUCUGGUGAAUGAAGCUGGUAGAAGGGGUCUUUGUGUCGACAUCGACCAAUGCAUCCUGCCGCAUGCUGCUAAGCCUGUCAUGUUGUCAUCACAGUCUGAGGUGCUCGAGACCAGCACUCAGGCUCAGUUAAUCGAGAGUGUAGGUGGAGCUCGUUUUAUGCAGCAAGCUCUUGAGAUAAAUGGGAACAAAGAUGCCCAUACUAUGGGUAUGGAGAAACUUGAACCUGCACUUGGAGAUGGAUCCUCGGAAUGCGUGCAUUCUGAGGCAAAGGAUGGCUGUGUGCUGAAUGGCAUUGGCAACAGCUUCUCAAGUCAUGGCUCAUGCAAGGAAAAGUCCACAGAGAGCUGCAUUACAGACAUAGUGGCAGAGAUCAAAAAGUGUGACUCUGAAAUGGUUUCCUUGAUUUCAAGAACUAAGGAGCCAGUCGAUUUGCUGGACAGCACUCUUUCAAGGAACACAUGUAAUAGAAAUGGGGAAUAUGUUAGCCCUUUAGAAGAUCCUUUGUCACCCCCUGCUACCUCAUUGGAUGAAACAGAAGAUGUUUUUGUUUUGCCACAAACACUAAGCUCUCCCACUAGUGAGAAUUUUACAGAUAAUGGCUCUGUCAUUGCAGUAGAGGAGGGAUCCGGUGAUCUUUCUGAAACAGAAUUUCCAGUGGCAACUGUGGAAGACGGAAGUCCUCUUCAGAGGAGUUUUAGUAACAGUGAUGAUGUUGAAAUGCCCAUCACCAGCAAUGGAAUACAAAUACUGCCAGCAGAUGUGCCAGAACAUUGCAGGCCACUAUCUGAUCCGGAUGGUGAUCUGUUGAAAAACAAGGGCAGGUUGUGUGAGGUCCAGGAAAAUAACACUUUGGUGCCUGAUGACGCUAUUCUCAAUGGGAGUGUGCUUGCGCAAGAGAGGACUACCCAGAGGAAGAAACUUCCUCCCCGUUCCAGGAGGGGAACUCGCUUAGAGGCCAUUGUCCAGAACAUUACACCUUCCAGGUAUAAAGUGACAACUAAUUUACAUUCCAGUAAAAAAUGCUGCAGUUCUCAAACUCACCCCGUAAAUGUAGAGGUCCUUCAAAGCCAGGAUUCCCUAGAAGAUGCAUCUGGUUUAGAACAAGAGCCCAAUUUAAAGACAACAGUCUUGCCGAAUAUUAACACUGAUAACACUGACACAGACAAAAGUAAAUCUUCUACCUCAGACUCAGAAAACUUAAGCACCUUCAAAGCUUUAUAUAGUACCACAUAUCAAGAACCAGUAAACCAUGAGGACACAGAAAAGGACCAAGGUAACAGGUCACGGCCCAAGCGUUCUACAAGGGCUAGGGGAAAGAUGACCAUGCCAAAAAUAUGUCCAAGUUCUGCAAAGCAGCACAAGGUUUCAGUGGCCAACAAGCCUAUACCUACUACUAGAAAAGCCCAUAUCACCAAACGAAAGCGGAAGAAAUACAAAACUGGACAAUCCUCCUUGUUUUCACCACAGGAGCCAGAAAUCAAGCUUAAGUAUGUGAAUUACAAGGAUGAAAAAAGGGAUGUUAAAGCAGACAACUUCUCCCCAUUUAUACGUAUGGAGGUCAAGGAAUAUUCUACAUGCACAGUUAUCAACUAUGCUGAAGAGGAGAAUGCAAGACUAAGAAAAGGACAGCAGCAGGUGUCUUCCAGGUUUAUUUCCGGCAUGGUUCCAACAACCUCUUGUUUGCAACUAGGUCGUGUUAGCGCUGAAAGCAAAUGGCAGAACUCUCUGGUCUGCUGUUUAUGCGGUGGGUCAGCCAAUACCCUGGACCUUGGGGAUCUUCAUGGGCCUUACUAUUCUGAGGGCCACAAACCUACCCCUAAGCCUCUGGUUAGUCAGCAGGACCUAAAGGAAGAGGACGAUUCUAGUGACUCUGACUCCUCUUCCAGCAUACGCCGAAGAAAGCAUGCCCAAGGCGGGCGCAACUGGCCCCAGAGACCUAGUCACAGGCUGAGGCGGCAUGAUGUCCUCGAGACUUGCCGCAGGUGGGCUAAUGACAACAACGGCUUGCAGAGCCCUUCGGCCAAGAGGCCACGGACCGAGUUGGCUGCUGGUGGUUGGUACAGCCCCCUUGUGGUUCCCUUGGACACCAGAGAAUAUUGGGUUCAUGAAGAUUGCAGUGUAUGGUCAGCAGGUGUCUAUCUGGUGAAAGGAAAGCUUUAUGGACUGGAAGAGGCUGUAAGGCUGGCACAGGAGACGGUUUGCUCCACUUGUCACAACAGAGGUGCCACCUUGGGCUGUGUCUUCAAAGGCUGUUCCAAUAAGUAUCAUUACGCUUGUGCAUUGCAUUCUGAUUGUGUGCUCAACGAAGAAAACUUCUCAAUGAAAUGCACAAAGCACAAGAAUAAAUCAUUCAAAGGAUCCUGUAAACAGGAGAGCAGGUGACGGGAGAAGAUGCUAUGCAAGAUCACAGAUCUUUCCCCGGCAGAUUGAAUUGCCAGCAGUCUGCUGAAGCACCUCUAGUCAGUCCAACAACAUGGUUAAACUGGAAAAAUGUGCUAGAAUGUUUUUGGAAGCAAGGGUUCGGUUGAAUGCAAACACCAACAAACCUUAAUUGUUUCUGUUUUUUAAGUACUGGCUCCACCUAUAACACCACUGGCAAUCUUCACAGCUACCUGUUGUCUUCUGGAAUUUGUAUAUUCUUCUUGGUCUGAAGCCUUUAAUAAUAAAACCAUGGGUAGCUUAGCUUGCAGUUUAAAACUGUCAAUACAGAAUCUGGUUGCUGGUUCAAAAAGGCAUAAACUUAUUGUAUAUUAAGCCCUAAUCCAUUGUAAGAUUGCUUUAAACUGUAAUUUAUUGCCAUUUUAAUUUGAACAAGAAAUGUAUGGUGUCAUGUUUAAAGUAAUUUUAUUGGAAAAUGCUCAAUUAAAUUUCUCAGCUGGAUAUAUAGUUUUUACAGUUUUGUAAGUGCAGUUUUCAGGGGAUUAUUUAUAUUUUUGUUUUUGACUCUACUGAUUUAUUUUUUUUUCCUUUUCCUUUUGGUGAAUGACCAGUUUGUGUGCGCAUUUUCUGCUUUUAUUUAAUUUUGAAUGGCAAUAGUGUUGCAUAUUAUUUUCCAAGACUGCACAUACGUGUAUGUGCGUGCCUGUGCGUGCACGUCUGCCUCUAGAGUGUCAGUCCUUGAUUCAGUCAUUGAGACGGCUGUCUUUUCAGAGGUCUGCAGGACGUUCUGCAAGCUCUUCAUUGAUUUCGCACAUCGACUGGUGUGUGUUUGUAUGUUCACCACUUGAAUGUACUUCUUGUCCUCACUGCUUAUUAUAGCUACUUUUUGAAAGGUGAAAGGGGGUAGCUGAAAGCACUUUUUUAAGAGGCACUUAAAGCAUUAAUUAUUACAGCUAAUGUGUAAUUCCCUGCACAGGCCCCAUAUUUGCCUGCAAAGCUCUUACCAUAUCCCUUGUUUACAAUUGCCCCUAUCCCUUCAUCAGUGUUUUGGGCAUUUGUAGAAUAAAUGGUUUUCAGCUGCCAUAUCUUCUGUUUUUGCUUAAAUUGUCUGAUUGGAAUUUUAACAGAAUCAGUUCUAUGAGGUGUCUCUUUAUUUAGGGUUGGUGAAGUGAAAUGACUUAAAUGGACUGUCAGCCUCUGUCUCCUAUGAUAUUGCAAUGCAUGGCUCGAUAUUAAUGUGUGCCUGGGACAAAUUAACACUAAACCACCUCAGCUUUCUUAAUUAGUGAAAGUACCGCUUCAAUGGGGGGUGGUUUUGCUUGAAUUUUUUUUUUUUUCUUUUUCUUUUAAGAUUUCUGUUUUCAUUUUUAUUGUUAAUGCUCUCUUAAACACUGAAAGUAGCAGUUUACAAGCAUUUGAUAAUAGUUAGAAACUGGCCUUUGCAGAAAAUACCUCACUUUAAAAAAUUUUGCUAUUGGCUGUUGUUCAGCUGCUUGCUGUCAGUGGCAUGCAGGCACACAGAUGUAACGAUAAUGUGAAAUGUCGAGAUGCCCCCUGGAAGAUUAGCAUUUGUUUUCCAUUUAACUUCCCUCUGUUUUUCAAAGUUCUAUUAUAGGUAUUCAGCAGUAUUUAAAUGGCCUUAUAGUUCUCAUUCCCAGGAUUCUGUAAUAGAUCCUACAUCUCCAGCAUUUGUAGCUGUUAGUGUUAGCCAUGUGCUAUUUAUUAGUAAAUAGCGGAAAUGGGUUGUGUACUCAUUAUUUCCUACAGGUAAAUAUGUCAGUGUACGGGGUAAGUGCACAGCAAAUUAACCAGUGCUUUAAUCUAUGUUCUUUCAGCUUGUGUGUGGUUGCAUUAGUAGUUGACAUGCACAACCAGGCAAAGUUAAUGUCGAGCCCUGCUUAAAGUUAUGCUUCCAGGAGGACCAGUACAUGAAGUGCCAAAGUGGAAGCCAGUAAAAAAAAAAAAAACAAAACUGACAAUACAUUUCUAUGGUGAUUACAACUUAAAUUGGUGAUUUACUCAGUUAUUACCCAAAAUUUGAAUAUGUGCAGUAGUGUCCCAAUGUUUCUCUCAUUGUUAAAAUGAACUAUGAAGAGAGGAGUCGUCAUUGAAAGGUAGCCUGUAGUAUCAUUGGCCUGCUCAUGCAUAUGUCGGUGCUUCAGUAUAUUUAUGUAAAAUUACAUAUUUAAGACUUUCUACUGUGUCUGAAGUACUACCAAGAGAGAAAGUGCUGGGUAUUUUUGAAUGACAAUUAAAUGGAUCUUGGCUCUUAAUGUUAUGUGUUACCGGAUAGGCCUCUCUGGGGGGGUUUUAUUAUUUUUAUUUUUGAUUAUUUGUGAUGGGGAUUUAGAGCAAAAACUGUGUUGCAUGUUGGUCCUGCCAGGGGGUGAUUCACCCAUAAGAAAACAAAGAGAAGGAGAAAGAAGUAUUACAUUGUCUAUCAGCUGUUGUCAUUUUUCCUGUCAUGAAUUUUGUCAUAAUAAAUACUCUGUUCCUACCCUGUGCUGUCAGUCUGUGUUGAAAAACAGUGAUGCCAAGUAUAUCAGAUAUUAGGUGAAGAAAAUUCUGUAUUGUUUAGCUUCCUUUGCAUUCCUGUCAAAAAGCUUUAGUCAGCAACAGUACACCAAACAUGCUUUUUUGUGUUUACCAGAAAGAUUUUAAGGUGUAAAAUGGCUACAUUCUCAUUUUUAAAAUUUGUUUGAUAUUGAUUUUUUUUUUUUUGUCUUUCAUUGUUCCCACGCACCAACUGCUGGGUACUCAGGAUUAUUCAAAUCUGAAGUGUAAGACUAUUAUUUGACACUGUUUUAAAUUCUUCAGAUAUCCAAUCAAAAUACAGCCCUUUUAUUUUUGAAUGUGAUUGGGCAAGUGUAAAUGUACCUGAAAAUGCAGCCAAUGAAAACACCCCUUUCUAAAGGUCAAAUAUCAAAUUUUGAACACUGUAGAGCUUGUAUUUUUAUGUGUUCCUCCAUUGCAAUCUGAUGUUUGCCUUAUCAGUAUUAAACGUUUUUGAAUAAAA